AUGGACUUGUACAUGAUGAAUUGUGAACUCCUAGCAACUUGCAGUGCCCUUGGAUUCUUAGAAGGGGACACCUACCAUAAAGAACCAGACUGUAUAGAGAGUGUGAAAGAUUUAAUCCGCUAUCUGCGCCAUGAAGAUGAAACCCGAGAUAUUCGGCAACAGCUGGGAGCAGCUCAGAUUCUGCAAAAUGACCUCAUCCCUAUUAUCAUCCAGUACCCCCAAGAUAAACAGCUGUUUGAUGCUGUCAUCAGGUUAAUGGUGAAUUUAACCCAACCAGCUAUCCUCUGCUUUGGAAAAAUUCCCCAGGACCUUAACCUCCGCCAUCACUUCUUACAGACUGUCUCUUACCUGCAGGGUUAUAAAGAAGCAUUUGCCAAUGAUAAGGUCUUUGGACUGUUAAGUGAGAAGCUGUAUGAACUGUUGCAGCUGGACUGGGAGCAGCGUCAAGAAGAAGAUAACCUGUUAAUUGAGCGCAUCUUGCUUCUGGUGCGCAAUGUGUUACAUGUGCCAGCAGAUCCUGAAGAAGAGAAGAACAUUGAUGAUGAUGCCAACAUCCAUGACCGGGUGCUCUGGGCUAUGCACAUCAGCGGGAUGGAUGACUUGCUCAAAUUCUUGGCCAGCUCCCCGAGUGAACAGCAGUGGAGUCUGCACGUGCUGGAGAUAAUCUCCCUUAUGUUCCGUGAUCAGAAUCCAGAGCUGCUGGCAGCCACAGGGCAGACCCGUUCAGCCAAGGAACAGAGCAUAGAUGUGGCAGAACUGGAAGUCUUGAGACAGAGGGAACAAGCUGAAAAGAAGACCCGCGUAUUCCAGCGAAGUACCAGACACUCUCGCUUUGGUGGCUGUUAUGUUAUUCAGGGCUUGAAAGCUAUUGGGGACAGAGAUGUGGUGAUGCACAAGGGGCUACACAACGUGAAGAACUACAGCCAUGAUCUGGGUAAGGAGGUCCGCCGGGUGCCAAAAAGGCGGCAGCUUGCCAGUGAUGGUGAAGGACCUCCUCGCCGCUCCGCCCUAAACGUGCGCCGCUUCCUCCAUGAGUUCUGUGUGGAGUUCUUGGAAAACUGUUACAAUCGUCUCAUGUACCUGGUCAAGGAUCACUUGCUCAGGGAAAAGGCCCAACAGCAUGAUGAGACCUACUACUUAUGGGCUAUCGCCUUUUUCAUGGCCUUCAACCGGGCCUCUUCUUUCCAGCCUCAACUGGUUUCUGAGACGGUUGGUGUUCGGACCUUCCAUUUCAUUGAAAGGAGUCUGACCAACUACUAUGAAAUGAGCAUUGUAGAUAAGAAGGAUAUCACCUCUUGGUCUAAAAGGAUGCAUCUGGCUCUCAAGGCUUACCAAGAAUUGCUGAUGACUAUGCAUGAAAUGGACCGUUCCCAGGAAGAAGCUGUGCGCAACAGCAGCCACGUCCUUAAGAAUAACAUUUUCUACUUGAUGGAAUAUCGGGAGCUGUUCCUCACUCUUUUCCGUAAGUUUGAUGAGAAAAAGCAACCCAAGUCAUUUUUGAGAGAUCUGGUGGAGACAACUCAUCUUUACUUGAAGAUGCUGGAGAAAUUUUGCAAAGGGAGAAAAAACCUAGUGGUCCAGAACAAGAACUACAGGAGGAAAAAGAAGUCAAAGGCUCGUUCUGCUCGGCCUGGGGUGCAACCCCAAACUCCUGAAGAGUUGGAAGAGGUGUGGCCAAAGCUGAUGGAGCAAAUUGAUAAGUGCAUAAAGGAUUUUGAGUCACCUCCAGAUGAUGUCAUUCCUUUUGAUGCCGCAUCAGAAGUUCCGUUAGAGGAGCAGCGAGCUGAGGCCAUGACACGUAUCCAGGACAGCUUAUUAACUGGCCAGGCACCAGAAGCACUCUCACUCUUGCGCUCAGCAAGGGAGGUGUGGCCCGAAGGAGAUGUGUUUGGAUCAUCCACUGUUGAUCCGAUUGAAGAAACGGAGCUGCUGAAGCAAAUCUUCUUUGCCAACCUCCCUCGGCCGGCAGCAACUGACCCAGAUGAGUCUGAGGAGGCAGCUGAGUAUGAGGAAGUUGCUGAGGAAGAGUUGGCACCUGUGCAGGUAUCUGAAAAAGAGUUCAGCUUCCUGGAUUACGUGAAGCGGUUUGCUAGCGCGAAUGUCGUCAAGGCCUACGUCCUGCUGUUCAGAAAUUACCGGCAGAACAGCCCCCACACUAAUCACUGCGUGGUCAAGAUGUUGCACCGCAUUGCCUAUGACCUCAAGAUGGAGGCCUUACUCUUUCAGCUUUCGGCCUUCUGCCUUUUCAACCGCCUCCUCAGUGACCCUGCCGCCGGAGCUUAUAAGGAGCUGGUGACCUUUGCCAAGUACAUUGUGGGCAAAUUUUUUGCCUUGGCAUCAACCAACAAAAAAGCUUACGUGGAAUUGUUGUUCUGGAAAAGCACAGCUGUGGUUCGAGAAAUGACUGAAGGCUACACAGAGUUACAGGAAGAUGGAAGUUCCAAUUCACACAAGGCUUCCCAAUGGACUGAAAAAGAGGAGGAGGAACUUCAAGAGCUCUACCACAAGUAUAAAGAAGUGGAAGGUGAAGAUGUGCUUGAUAACAUCCUGUCACAUAUCGGCUCCCAUCACCGGGGACGAAAGCGGGUGGCCAGGAAACUGGUGCAGUUGGGGUUGGUGAGCAGCAUGCGAGACUUUCCUCCAGAGAGGAAAGGGACUCGCAUUGUGCUAUGGACAGAGGAGCAGGAGCUAGAACUUCGCCGGCUCUUUGAAGAGUUCCGGGACUCCGAUGAUAUCCUGUCCAAUGUAAUGAAGCACAUCACAGCGAAAAGAUCAAAAGCCCGCAUUAUUGAGAAGAUGCUUAGCAUGGGGCUGGUGUCUGAGCGUAAGGAGCUUUACAAGAAGCGCAAACGCAAAUCUGGUUCACUUAGAUCGAAUAAGGCCUCGUUACCCAAAGAUUCUGAGGUGCCUGACCUGGAUGAGGUAGUUGUUGAAGAUGAAGAGGAAAAGGAUGAUUUGGAUAGUGAAGAAGAAGAAGAAGAUGACGACAAGGAGGAUGCUGGAAAUGACAAGGACCAAAAAUCCUGGGGCGGGUGGUCCAAGAAAAUGUGGGGAGAUGCUUCAGAUCAAAAACUUGUGCAAAGCCUGAGACAAGAAGGUUUUGCUGGCCCCUUGCUCUGGCUUCAAAACAGCCUGAACAGAACAGCUGCUGCCCGAGGAGAGGAUGGAUGUUCCCAGGCUGUUCCUUUGGUGCCAUUGACUGAAGAAAGCGAGGAUGCCAUGGAGCACAAAGAUUUCCAGAAACUGCUAUGGAAAUUGGGGGUGCGAUCUCCAGGCAAUGAGCAGGAGUCUUUCUGGCGCAUCCCAGCUAAACUCAACUCAGAACAAUUACGCCACAUGGCUGCUUUCAUUGCUUCGGAAGAAAUGGAGGGGGAGACUCAAGACCAGCAAACUGAUUCCAGUGAUGAGGAUGGACCAAGGCCCUCCAGUAAAAGGAAGUGCCUGCGAAUUGAGGAAGAUGAGGACUGA